CUUUUUUGUUUUCUGUCAAACAAUUUUCAGAGACCAAAGGUGAAAAAUGAGCUAACUCUGGUGCAAUGUGCAGAAGUAGUUCCUUAUUAUAAAUGAAGUGACUUUGUUUAUUCAAGUUAUUCAGAAUAAACUUACAGGAUGUGUUGACAUGGAAAAGCAAGGCUGUCACAAAGACUUUAACUCUGUGGUGUUAAAGUCAGGAGACACAUCAUAACGCUCACACAGGACAACUGAACAGAGACUCUAUGAUGUCCAUCUUUGUGAUACUGGGACUGCUGGUCUGUGUGAAGGCAGAAGGUGCCAGCUCUGGGACACCUGUGUUUGUGCAGAGAGGAGAGGAUUUACUUCUGUGUGUCAAGGAACGUGUUGAGAUGAAAAAAGGCAGUGAUUUUAAAUGGAAAGUCAAUGGCCGUACAAAUAUUGUAAAAUUCUUUGGUAAUAAUGAUCCAAUUAUUUAUGAUGAUUACGAGGGAAGAGUUGAACUUUAUGUACAAAAUUACACUUUAUGCUUGAAGAAUGUACAAAAGGCUGACAGUGGACGUUACACUGCAGUUGUGAGUGGUACAUUUGACCGAGUUGUAGCUGAAUACAAGGUCACAGUUCUGGAUCCAGUGUCUCCAGUUAAUCUGACAGUGGACUCUGUGUCCAGCAGCUCAGACUCCUGUAACCUCACUGUGACCUGCAGCACACAGGACUCUCACAUCAGCAGCACUUUUACAUGUGACGCCAAAACCUGCAGUCAGGAGGGAGGAGAGAGAUCAGAGGUCACGACCUCUGGUGCUUCUCUCAGAGUCUACCUGGUGAACGACUCAAUCACCUGUAACCAUAGCAACCAAGUCAGCUGGACCAAAGAUGUGACAAAGAUUCAAGAUUUCUGCCCCUGUCAUGCCGGUUCAGAGUGUGUCUCUGCUGGUAUCUCUGUGUGCCUGCUGAAGACGAUUGUGUUCUCCGUUGGUCUGAUCAUCAUGGUGUCCGCCGUCAUCAGUGUUAAUGUCGUGGAGAAACUCAAGAAGCAAAAGUAACUAACGUCAGUGCAUUAAUGUAGUGAUUGAAAAGAACAACGUCGGCCUUCAAAUGCAGUGGAGUAGAAGGAUGAAGUACCUCAAUGUACUGUCGAUUUUAAUCAAGACUUUUAAAAAUGAAUGCGUCAUCAUUUAACCACGCUUUGAUCAUUACUGUGCAGUAGGGUCUAUUCCAAGAGACAUUUAAGGUCUUUGAAGGUGUACAAGAUACUUAAAAGAUUUUUUACGUGACUGUUUUCAAGGCUUAUGUUGUGCUAUGACGAGGCUAAUAAUCAUUAUAGAUACAAUUUUGGCGUCUAGGUAAAAUGUUGCUAUGCCACAAUUUCUCCAUUUACAGACAUUCUAAUAUCUGGUUUCAACGUGGUCAUAAAAUAUGAAGUGAGACAGAAAUACAUGGGUGAUGCUAUAUUCAAUGUAUUUGAUGCAUUUUUUCCUUUAUUUUUGAAAUCUUAUUGAAUGUGUAAUGUGUAAUGUGUGUAAUGAUUAAUGAUUGAUUGAUUGCAAUGCUUUUACUGCAAUCAGAACAUCUACAGUGUGUUCUUGAUGAUGUCACUAAUAUGUGUAAAGCUCAAGGCCUUCUCACAGUGGCUGCCUAAAUGUUUGCUUCUGUGCACAUACCAGAACUACCACCUGACAGUUAUAUGCCUCUGCUUUAAAGAGCGACAUCCACUGCCCUUUGACCCUUAGUUCAACUGAGGGAAAGCUUGUCAUAUAUAUAUAUAUAUAUA